UCAGUCCACAGACAUGUCGCACACGAGCUGAAGUGGACCUGUCAUCGUGGCUCCGCAGCCUCCAGGAUCCCACUCACACACACACAGACACACACAGACACACACACAGACACACACAGACUCACACACUGGACAGGACCUGCAUCUUCCCCUUUUUUGUUUGAUUUUGCCUGCCUGCUGCUCCUCUUCCUCCUCCUCUUCUUCUUCUUGUCGUCGGGACGUGGACGAGUGGAUAUGAAUUAUGAAUUAUGAAUUAUGAUCCGUUUCCUCACUGACGAGCCGGGCCAGUGAUGCACGAGUCCACGGAGCUGCUGUUUCAAGAUGGCAGAUUUUUUUUAUUGAGUUUCGAGCGGAGCCCUCCUCGCUUUCUCUUUGGCCAUGUAUAACAGAACCCCUUGCACCGAUGGCCCCUGUAUACGAAGGUAUGGCCUCGCAAGUGCAAGUGUUCUCCCCUCACACUCUCCAGUCAAGUGCCUUCUUUAGCGUGAAGAAACUGAAGGUGGAGCAGAGUUGUAACUGGGAUAUGACAGGGUACGGCACACACAGCAAAGUCUACAGCCACAACAGCAGCAAGAACGUGUCGACCAGCGGCGGUCCCCUCGGCAUCAGCAGCUCCCUGCAGGUGGCCAGCUCCACCCUGCCCUACGAGCAGGCGCUCAUCUUCCCAGCCAGCGCGGGCCACAUCGUGGUCGCCUCAGCCAGCAGCACUUCGGGGGCCUUGGGGUCUCUGCUGGGCAGCGGGGGUGGAGGCAGCAGCAGCAACAGCAGCGGAGGUGGCGGCGGCGGCAGCGGCGUGGGUAGCGGGGUCGGUGUUCACAACCUGACGCGCCGCAGUACGGUCACUCUCCUCGACACCUACCAGCGAUGCGGGCUUAAACGCAAGAGCGAGGAGCUUGACAACAACAGCAGCGUGCAGAUCAUCGAGGAACACGGUCCGCCAAUGAUCCAGAACGGAGCAGCCAGCGGAGCCACGGUGGCCACGGCGGCCACCGCCACCUCCACGGCCACGUCCAAAAACAGCGGCUCCAACAACGAGGGGGACUACCAGCUGGUGCAGCAUGAGGUGCUCUGCUCCAUGACCAACACCUACGAAGUCCUGGAGUUCUUGGGCCGGGGAACCUUUGGACAGGUGGUGAAAUGCUGGAAGAGGGGCACCAACGAGAUCGUGGCGAUCAAGAUCCUAAAAAACCACCCGUCCUACGCACGGCAGGGUCAGAUCGAGGUCAGCAUCCUGGCGCGUCUCAGCACGGAGAGUGCAGACGACUACAACUUUGUGAGGGCCUACGAGUGCUUCCAGCACAAGAACCACACGUGCCUGGUGUUUGAGAUGCUGGAGCAGAACCUGUACGACUUCCUCAAGCAGAACAAGUUCAGCCCGCUGCCGCUCAAGUACAUCCGACCCGUGCUGCAGCAGGUGGCGUCGGCGCUGAUGAAGCUGAAGAGCCUGGGGCUGAUCCACGCCGACCUGAAGCCGGAGAACAUCAUGCUGGUGGACCCGUCUCGACAGCCGUACAGGGUCAAGGUCAUCGACUUCGGCUCGGCCAGCCACGUGUCCAAAGCAGUGUGCUCCACCUACCUGCAGUCCAGAUACUACAGAGCUCCAGAGAUCAUCCUGGGCCUGCCGUUCUGUGAGGCCAUCGACAUGUGGUCCCUGGGCUGCGUGAUAGCUGAGCUCUUCCUGGGAUGGCCCCUCUACCCUGGAGCCUCGGAGUUCGAUCAGAUCCGGUACAUCUCCCAGACGCAGGGUCUGCCUGCAGAGUAUCUGUUGAGUGCAGGGACAAAGACCACCAGGUUCUUCAACAGAGACCCCGACUCCACCUACCCCCUCUGGAGACUCAAGACUCAAGAGGACCACGAGGGCGAAACGGGGAUCAAGUCGAAGGAGGCUCGGAAGUACAUCUUCAACUGUCUGGACGAUAUGGCGCAGGUGAACAUGUCGUCGGAUCUGGAGGGAACCGAGAUGCUGGCGGAGAAGGCCGACCGGCGGGAGUUCAUCGACCUGUUAACAAAGAUGCUGACCAUCGACGCGGACAAGAGGAUCACUCCCAUCGAAACGCUCAACCACCCCUUCGUCACCAUGUCGCACCUCCUCGAUUUCCCGCACAGCACACACGUGAAGUCAUGCUUCCAAAACAUGGAGAUCUGUAAGCGUCGUGUCAACAUGUACGACCCGGUCAACCAGAGCAAGACGCCCUUCAUCACCCACGUGGCCCCCAGCACCUCCACCAACCUCACCAUGACCUUCAACAACCAGCUGAACACUGUGCACAGCCAGGCCGCCAACCUGGCUCCCUCCUCCACCAACAAUGCCACCCUUUCCUUUGCAAGUCCCGAUGUCUCCAUACUAAACUACCAAUCUGCACUCUACCAGCCUGCAGCUGCCUCCAUGGCAGCGGUGGCCCAGAGGAGCAUGCCCCUGCAGCCGGGGGCGCCUCAGCUCUGCGCCGCCCGGCCCGACCCCUUCCAGCAGGCGCUCAUCGUCUGCCCACCUGGCUUCCAAGGGCUGCAGGCGUCCCCUUCCAAGCACACCAGUUACUCUGUGCGGAUGGAGAACGCCGUUCCCAUAGUGACGCAGGCCCCUGGCGCCCAGCCCCUGCAGAUCCAACCUGGGCUGCUCACACAGCAGGCCUGGCCCAGCGGCACCCAGCAGAUCCUGCUGCCUCCGGCCUGGCAGCAGCUCACCCACACCUCAGUCCAGCAUGCCACUGUCAUCCCCGACUCCAUGAGCGGCCCACAGCCUCUCGCCAACUGGAGGAAUCCCCACCCUCAUGGAAGCCAUUACAAUCCCAUCAUGCAGCAGCCAGCCUUGUUGGCCGGACACGUCACGCUCCCGUCCAACCAGACGCUUAAUGUGGGAGUGGCUCAUGUUAUGAGGCAACACUCGAAUAAUAACAUCUCCUCUUCCAAAAAGAACAAACAGCACCAGAUGACUGCCAGGAACAUGUCGGCCUAUGAGGUGUCGUCCUCGCAGGCCGUGCUGUCCCCGCAGCGCUCCAAGAGGGUGAAGGAGAACACGCCCCCCCGCUGUGCCGUGCUGCAGAACGGCUCGGCCCAAAACAACUGUCCGCCCCUGCAGACGUGUGGUGGCAGCGGGUGGGGGGGUGGCGAAGCCGAGCAGGCCUCCAGCACCACGCGAGACCAUCAGCACCAGCACCACGUCCCCAGACAGACCAUCAUCAUCCCGGACACGCCCAGCCCGGCGGUCAGCAUCAUCACCAUCAGCAGCGACACGGAUGAGGAAGAGGACCGGAAACAAAACAAACGCUCAACUUCAAAGCAAAGGAAGAAUGUCAUCAGCUGCGUGACGGUCCACGACUCCCCCGACUCGGACUGCUCCAGCAACAGCCCCUACACUGUGCAGGGCAGACCCCCCAACAACAACAGCUACGACACAAAGACCACCAUACUGGACAACUACAACAACGGGAACCCCCGCACCAUCAUCAUCCCCCCCCUCAAGACCCAGAACAUCGAGGUCCCGAUUGAAUGUGAGCGCCUGAUGACAGAUGCAAUGAACCAUCACAAUUCAGCUUACAAGUUCAAAUCCAACAUGAUGUCUGGCAAUAAUCACAUACCGGGUUGCAUCACUGGAGGCGGGUCCUACCGACAGCAGCGCUCAGGGCCACACCCCCUCCAGCAGCAGCCCCUCAAUCUCAGCCAGGCCCAGCAGCACAUGGUAGCAGAGCGAAACGGAGGUCACCGGCGCCAGCAGGCCUACAUCACGCCCACCAUCGCCACUCAGGCUCCGUACUCCUUCCAUCACAACAGCCCCUCCCACACGGGGAACGUCCACGCGCACCUGGCGGCCGCUCACCUGCCCAGCCAGCCCCACCUCUACGCCUACACCGCGCCAGCCGCUCUGGGCUCCACCGGCACCGUGGCCCACCUGGUGGCGACGCAAGGCACGGCGCGCCACGCGGUCCAGCACGGAAGCUACCCGCCCAGCAUCGUCCACCAGGUGCCGGUCAGCAUGGGCCACGGCGUGCUGCCCUCGCCCACCCUACACCACAGUCAGUACCAGGCCCAGUUCGCCCACCAGGCCUACAUCAGCGCCUCGCCCGCCUCCGCUGUCUACACUGGAUACCCGCUGAGCCCCACCAAGGUCAACCAGUACCCAUACCUCUAGAGAAGACACUGACUGACACUGGAG